GUGCUUAACCCUAAACAUUGGAUUGUGCUGGAUAUAAGCCACAUUAAAGCUGGAAAAGGCUUUGAAAUGAUUAAAAAUUUGAGAAUUUGACUGUAGUGUGUAGACUUCUGAGAUCCACUGUAAGGGUAGGAGACAAGCAGCCCGCAUUUGUUAACAUCUAUUAUAAGGACUGUUGCAGAACUGAGGCAGCAGAGAGCCUGGAAUCGUGUCAGCAGCUUUAAACUGUUCAGUCAGGAAGCGAGAGAAGCAAUGCGGAAGAUAAUAAACAGCAGCAGUGUGUGUGUGUGUGUGUUUGCGUAUGAGUGUGAGUGUAAAACCGCGCAGAAGGGCGAGCCACGCCACUGAAGAGGGGUUCCCCUUACUGACAGUGUGAGAGUGCACAGGCUGCCAGAGGCGUUUCCCAGACAUCAGAGGAUCCGGAGCGGAUCGGCAGGACUUCCAGAGUCCGGACUGCCUGCGUGGGAACUUUCUCACAGUGAAAUGACCAGAUUUGAAGGCUGAGCUGAAGCGGAGUCUCGCCCGUGCGCCAAACGGCCAGAUCUCAAAUGCCCAAAGAGUGUAGGAGAAAGUCCUCCAAGGACUUCGGGCUCUCUGGGACUGGACUAAGCGAUGGAGGUCGCAUAGAGAGAAGGGCAGUCGGGAGGUCUCCCCAGAUCUGCACUGAGUUCAUCCAGAAAGCUGCCCUCGUCGUCGCGCCGCCCGCAGCGCCUAUGGAUGCGCCUAUGGUGCCGCAGGUCACUAUCACCCCGGAGGGAGGCGGCUCCUCCAGGGAGAUCCAGGAGGAAGACCUGGAUGGUACUGGUGACGGAGCCCUGCGCAGAAAGCUGUCCAACUCCUCCAUCUCCUCCACAGGCUCCUCCACGGUGGAGUCUGAGGAUGAUCUGCUGAGCGACACGGAGAGCAAGAGCAAAGGCCUCGUCACUUUGGAGCACCUGGUCUGCACAGAGAGAAAACCUUGGAGAAAGCUGAAGACGUACAUCCGCUGGCCCUUCAACGCUUCCCAAAAGAAGAAACUAAGCUGGGUCCAGCUAGCGGGUCAUAAAGGCAACUUCAAAGCUGCAGAUGAGGGCACCAUUCUGAAAAAGUUAUCAGAGAAUGAGAUGCAGUGUUUCGAGAAGCUGCGGGACGACGUGCUGCUCCCUUAUGUGCCGGGAUACCACGGAGUUGUGGAAAAUGAUGGAGAGAUCUUCUUGCAGAUGACUGACCUGCUGGCUAACUUCGAUCAUCCCAACGUGAUGGACUGCAAAAUGGGAGUGAGGACAUACCUGGAGGAGGAACUUGUCCGAGCGAGGGAGCGACCCAAGCCUCGGGAGGACCUGUACAAGAAGAUGGUGGAGGUGGACAGUGAAGGCCCAACUCCGCAGGAGCAUUUCCAGCGGGGCGUCACCAAGCCUCGCUACAUGCAGUGGAGGGAGAGCAUGAGCUCCACCAACACGAUGGGCUUCAGGAUAGAGGGCAUCAAGAAACAUGACGGUACAUGUCAGACUGACUUCAAGAAAACCAGAUCAAAGCAGGAUGUCAUCCAGGUCUUCAAGGACUUUGUAGGAGGGGAUGCCAGCAUCAUUAAGUCUUACCUGCUCAGGCUGACAGAGAUCCGGCACGCCCUGCAAACAUCUGAGUUCUUCAAGCAACACGAGGUUAUUGGCAGCUCUCUCCUCUUUAUCCACGACCACACAGGCCAUGCACAGAUCUGGAUUAUUGACUUUGGGAAGACCACAGCUUUGCCCGAGGGUCGGACUUUAAGCCAUGAGAUUCCCUGGCAGGAAGGCAACCGAGAGGACGGAUACCUGUGGGGCUUGGAUAACCUCAUCCUCACACUUGAGGCUGUAUGCAAUGAAGGGAGCAGAGCAGAAACCAACGACAACAGUCUAACUACACAUGCUCACACAGCCAGUGACCUUUGAAGUUGGAGGGAGCUUCAGAUAUUGAAAAUGAACUCCACAAAAAGACCCUUGCAGUUGGGUCACAGACCUUGAUUUGUUUUGGGUGAAUUGUUAGCACAGAGGGCUCCUACCACACAAGAGAACUUAUUUAGCACUGACACUGACAGAAAGGGGUCAAUUGACACUGAACAGGGGGAAGCAGAAAGUUUCUUACAAGUAAGUUAAUUAUUGCUCUAAUGAACCGACACUAAAUCAUCUUCCUGCGAGGUGAACAGACAUGAAAGAGCAGGGUUCCUGUCUUCAGUUUAACGGGAUGAAAAUGAGAAAAUCACGAUGAGAACCAGAGGGAAGAAGCUUCCCUCAUCCCACCAUCCGCUGUAAAAGCCUUACAUGUAAUAUUAAAGUCUUCAACUGACAGACCUCAUACUGCAUUAUAGCGCCCCCCCCAGAGAAGCGCUACUUAGCUUUUGGACUACUAUGAGUUGUCUUUAAAAACAUUUUUGCAUUAAAUUGAAUGAAUUUUGUAAUCAGACUUCAGCACUGGAUACUCAACCAUAUGUUACAGCACAUGAUUAAUUAAAGAAAAUCAGCAUAUAAUAACUGUUGUAAAGAAGGAAAAUGGACAUUUGGUUUAUUUUGUUUGCCAAGAGUAAAACACCAUUAUAGAGUAUAAAACCAGCAGAGGCGGAAUCUAUUAUUUUAUAUUCCCUGUAAAAAGGAUCAAGUUGUUAAAUGUGUAGUGAUAUUAAGAUACUUUAAAUUAUGCUAAUUUCAUAAGCCAAUAAGUCUCAGAAUGUGUUAAAAAAUAUUUUAUUUAACGAUCUCUUUUGCUCAUUAAAAGAAUCAGGAUUUGAUUUUUGAAUCUAUUAAAGAUAAUAAAUGAUGUCAAUCAGCUGUAUCAGGCCCAGAACACACUCCGCAAGAACAUGGAAAGCAGUUUUUUAACUAAAGGUGGCAAGAACAAGAACAAGGUUCUUUCUAGCACGGACAUUUCAAACACGAGAACUCAAGCACAGAACUCCUGGAAACUCCACCAAGUCUGCUCCUACCGUAGCAUUUGUAAAUAUGUCAGAAACCAAACAAGAACAAAGUUCUGCCCAGAUAAUCCCAAAUCAGGGCUGCAAGUCAUUUUGUUCUUGCAGAAAGAAUUUGUUUUCUGUUUUUGUGGAGGAUGUACACCCUAUCCACCAGAUGGUGAAUAAAAGGCCUGUCUUUUUUACACUUUCCCAGGUGCCACCCAUCUGACCUCUAUCGAGAACAGAGUAAACGUUCAGAUUUUGUGUCAGUUGUGCAGCAGCAUUGAAAAUUAUCCAGGCGAACCCACGAUCAGCUGAUCCGCCUCAUCUGCUGAUGGAUUGAUACAUCAGUCAGGGUCAACCGACCUCUCUCCGGAUGAUAUUUAGCUGAACAAAACAACACCAAAUGUAACAUCCAUCUAACAUCUAGUUCUCUCUCACUGAUAUUAACAAUUUCAGUUUGCUGUAAUCAUAAUAGUGAAUGCUUAAAAAAUACUUCAUGAUCUAAUCUCAUUUUACUGUCCAUUAGGUUGCUGUUACAGUUGUGUUAGUUGUAAUACGGGUGCAAACUGUGUGUCACUGAGAGCAUGCCUGAUGGAGGUACAACUGACUAAACAUGGCUCCCUGUGACCAUGAAAUGACUGGGUUCCAGUCCAAACUAACAUGUUACAAUCUGGAGUUGUUUGCAACAAAUUUUAAAUUUUGUUGCAUUUAAAUGCUGUCAGGAGUUUCACAGGAAGCUGCAGUAAUAAAAACAAUGUUACAGAUGUGCUCUUUAAGGGUCUCAAGAGAAAGACCAGACCAAGACAAGACAACACGAAAGGAACCCACAAAAACCUAACAGAACCUUGUAAUAAAAAAUCCUAUCUAACCCUUAAACUUAGCCCAUUCAGAAAGAGUUCUUCCUCUGUGAAAUUAAGAGUACACAGACGUAGGACUGGAGAGAAACAUUUCGUUAACCCGUAUUGCAUAAUUGCCUAAAUCAUAUUUUGGCUUAAAUGAGUUAAGCAAUUAUGCUAUGAGGCUUAGGUACAGUGUCAAGACAGUUUUCAGUCGGAGUGUUGGCCUGCUGUCUUUAUGAAUUUCCGUGUUCUCCCAGUGCAUGCAUGGAUUCUCUCCAGUUUCCUCCUGCAGACCAAAAAUACACUAUUUGGUCUAUUUAUUCUAAGGCCAUGAGGAACCCAUUCUACAGUUCUUUAAUGUUGGAUGAACUUCAGGAAGCCACAUUUAAACCCCUCUUUGCAGACUUCUUUAAAUAAAAUUCCCUGCGCCAUAAAAAGUCUAAAAUCAUAAUUUACUAGUUUUUUCCAUCUUAAAAGAAUAUAUUCACACUAAUAAGUGAGUUAACCCUCAGUCAGUCAGUCAUCAGUCUGUCAGUUAUUUUUUUCUAGCGCUUCUUCCAUAGUGGGUCGCGGGGAAGCUGGUGUCUAUCUCCAGCAGUCUAUGGGCGGGAGGCGGGGUACACCCUCGACCGGUCGCCAGUCCAUCGCAAAGUUAACCCUUGAGUGUGAUCAUUUGAUGCAAUUUAAUUGCUAUUUAAGUAAUGGAAACCCAUUUAAAGGCAACUGUUGCCCUGACAUAGCAACGUGACCUUGCAGUUAUUGCCUUAAAGAUAACAGAGAACCAUUAUACUAUCAGCAUGUGAGCAUAAAAUGUUGGUAGUGUUUAGGUAUGUGUAAUGUUAAAAUACAUACCAUUUAUAUGUACUCUGAUCUUAGCAUUUUAGCAUAUAAAUUUGAAUCUGCUUACAAUAAAAUAAUGUUUAAACUUUGA